AUAAACUUAUUAAAUAGACUUAAUGUCAACCAGAUUACACACAGGAUGAUCAUUUCAAAAAUCUUUAAAUGUAGAGUCAGUAAAAACUUUCAACUACUGUCCCGACAGCAGAGAGCUCUUGGAUCUUCACCAUGGUCUAAACUGUUUGGAGGGGAUCCCAAUUUCUAUGAACUACUUGGAGUUGAGAAAAACGCGACUCAGUCUGAAAUUCGGAAAGCUUUUAUAGAGAAGAGUAAAACAGUGCACCCAGAUCGCAACCAAACCUCAACCGCACAAGAGCAGUUCAAGAAGCUAAACGAAGCCUACUCGACACUAAGAGAGCCCUCUUUGAGGCGAGAGUAUGACUCAAUACUGGAAGAGGGAGAAACUAAGAAUAGAUAUUUCAAAGAGGACAGUCUAGUUUAUGACAGGGUGACAGGCAGAAUGUAUAGAGACGACGGACGUCCUGAAUUCCGCACUGGCUAUGCGCCCAAAUUCAGACUUGACCCGAAAGAAGCCAGAAAGAGAAAUAUCAGAGUGAUCACUGGGUUGAUUGUUUUCGGAUUCUUGUCCGCCUUCGCGAACAUGGCAUACUUGACUGUGGGACGGAGGGAGAGAGAUGAUACAAUUUUGACUGGGAAAAUUGUGGAUGAGGAAUCGAAAGACGACCAAGUGACAAUACUCAAAGUGUAGAGAGAAAAAACUUUCAGCAAAAACGUUAUAUUAUAAUUACCGUAAUUUUUUUUA